AUUUAAGUUUAGUUUCAGUCGGUGCCCAUCGUUCGACGGACUCGGUUCUUGAUACAUAAGAAAAAAAAAAAAAAUAAAGGAAUUAACAAAUAACAAAUCUCUACAGAGUCGAAACAUCGCCACUCCACGAGACGGAAGACGCGACCAACCAAUGAGACUCCUCCUAAGGCUGAUGGGAACCAAGCGCGCCAGUAUUAUUCGAAAUAUAUCGAACGCAUGAUUUUUAUGGUCACGAUAUAUUCCACCCCACAAUUAUCGAAUAGUAUUCGUCAAGUAUUAUUUAAUAAGUCGGUCGAGUGUUCGUUACCUCGUUUAUAAUAGAAAUUCCGCAUUUGUUGAGAGUGGCAAAUUGAAAAUAAAAGAAAAACAAAAAGUCAAACUCAUACGAAGAGUUGUCUUCUAAGGUGCAACGUUUACGGACGCGGAGGAUAUUAUUUGCGUGUACAUAAAGUGGCACAACCUACGGCUGGAUUCUGGAUCAGCAAACUACAGACGAGUCGACUACUUCAUCUGCAUUUUCCGAUCGUUCUGGAAGCCCGACGAUGUCUAAAAAUAAUGCCGAUUACUUGAAAUCCGUUGAAGGCGGUGUCGUACAACCAACGCAGGUCGUUGAAACGAAGGUGUUCAAACGAAGAUGGGCGAUCUUGGCAAUAUUCGUAUUCUACAGCGCGAGCAACGCGAUGCAAUGGAUUCAGUACAGCAUAAUCGCCAAUCUGGUCAUGAAAUACUAUGGGAUUAAUAGUUUCGCCGUGGAUUGGACCAGCAUGAUCUACAUGGUUCUUUACAUCCCGUUCAUAUUUCCAGCCAGUUAUCUUCUGGACAAAAUGGGUCUGCGGGUCGCCGCCAUUUUGGGUGCCGUAGGUACCGCGGCUGGGGCUUGGAUAAAGGUAUUCAGCGUCGCCCCGGACCGUUUUUGGGUAACUUUUCUGGGUCAUUCGGUCGUAGCUUUGAGUCAAGUCUUCGUUUUAUCGGUACCCGCACGUCUGGCGGCCGUCUGGUUCGGCCCCGACCAAGUGAGCAGCGCUUGCAGCAUCGGAGUCUUCGGGAAUCAGCUCGGCGUUGCCGUGGGCUUUCUUUUUCCUCCAAUGUUGGUACAAAAUAGCGACGACUUAGCGGUCAUUGGAAAGGGUCUUCAACUCAUGUUCUACAUCGUGGCCGCGAUUACAUCUGUAAUUUUGGUUCUCAUCGUACUCUUUUUCAAAGCGGAACCACCCCUUCCGGCAAGUUCGGCUCAAGCGGUUCAGAGGGAUGCUGAAACAUCGGAAAGUUUCAUGACUUCCUUGAAAACUUUGAUGACCAACAAGGGUUACCUAUUGCUCCUACUCAGUUACGCCAUAAACGUUGGGAUUUUUUACGCGCUCAGUACCCUCCUGAGUCAAAUAUUAGUGCACUAUUAUCCCGGAAGUGAAGCCGACGCUGGAAGAAUCGGUCUCGCCAUCGUGUGCGCUGGUAUGUUGGGAUCGGUCUUCUGCGGUAUCAUUUUGGACAAAUCCCACAGGUUCAAAGAGACAACGCUGGGUGUAUACGUAUUAUCAUUCGUGGGGAUGAUAGUUUUCACAUUCACAUUGGACUGCGGGCAAAUAUACGUCGUGUACAUAACGGCGGCGGUUUUGGGAUUCUUCAUGACGGGUUACUUGCCGGUUGGUUUCGAGUUUGCGGCAGAAUUGACUUAUCCAGAACCGGAGGGUACGUCCGCCGGACUUUUGAACGCCGCUACUCAACUCGUUGGAAUAUGUUUCACAACUUUGUCCGGAUAUCUCUUCAACGCCUGUGGUGCCUUUUGGUCAAACAUUGCUCUAUCCGUUAUGUUAGCGGUCGGAUGUCUCCUCACGUCGCUCGUACCGAACGAUCUCAGGAGACAAAAGGCCAAACUCUGAGUUUAAUCUGGAGAUUUAUUCGCUCCACAUCUCCUGAAACGCAUAACUAUAAAACAUGCAUUUUCCUGUAGAUAUAAAAAUGGCGGGUUACCAUCCGCUUGCCCCGUAUGAGUCCGAGUAAAACGCACAUGAAAAGAAAGAACCUCCUGAAAGAUAAAAAAACAAAAUCUUUCAUUGUUACAAUAUGGAGGUUUUUCUCAUUCAUCUCGUGACGUUGGUGAUAUGAUCGUUGAUAGUAUACAUAAAUAUUGUAACUAAUUGUUACGCCCUGCAGUAUAUUAUAUUAAGAAAAUGAUAUUUUACUAUUGAACAAGAAAAAGAUAAAAAAAAAAAAAAAAGAAAAAACGAUAUGAAAAAAUCUAAAAAGUAUUAUAUACGAUGCGUAUGCGAAUGAAAGAAAAAAAAUAUGGCAAACUUCAAAUGAAUCAAUAGUUUUGUCAAUUAAUAGCUCGCAUAUGGUAUAAAAUAAAUUAUCGGUAAGUUAUUGACAUUCGUUUAUAAUCAAUUGCUACGGCGCAUAAUCUAGUUUGUCUGUAAUAUCAAUGCGAAGUAUUAUUAUAAAUUAAUAAUGGUAUACGAGGUGUAGACAAAACUCUCGUCAAAACCUCCAAUGGGUACAUACAUAAUAAUUCCAUUCAAUGUUUAUUUUUUCACGGUUUGUUACGUCAAGAUAGAUAACGUUAGACAAUCUGUUUAUUUUUCAUUAUAUAAUUGGAAAAACGAAGCAUACGUCGCGAAUCGAUGGUACGAACACGUACCGAAAGUAUAGUGAGAAAUUUUAUUGCCGACAAAACGUUCAUACCUAAGUAAUGAAAAGGGAAAGAUGUUCAUCAGUGGAAUCUCAUAUUGACACACAUUAUUGACGAUGAAAAGUAUUAUAAGCGCAAAUAAAUUGGCGCGCGGUAUUAUUCAUUCUCCUUUUUCCCAUUCACUUCUUUAUUAUAACGCAUAUUUCUACAUAUAAAAAGUUUUGGUUCUAUCUUCGAGUUUUUUUUUUGUUCACUCAAUUUUUUUCAUCAAUUAUUUUCCUCGCCAAAACCGACUAUUCAAUUGAAACUUAUGAUCCGGUAUUAACACCGCAGUGAGAAAUAACGGGCAAGAUCCUAAUUUUCUCGACUAUUCCCACAAAGAAAUUCCGUCAUGGGAAAUUCUCGAGCUGUAAUAAAAUUAGAAGGAAAAAAAGAAGGAAACGGAGUCGAAAAGUAAUUAGGAUGGUGCAAAGUAUGGGUUGUAUAAUAUAAUGAAGUUGUCCGAGAUUGCAGCCUCGUUUAGCAUCGAGUAUAAAGUACAUGGAUUCAUAAUUUCAUGUGCUGUAUUAAGAGUACAUUAAAGCAAUGAUGAAUGUUUGAUAAUCGUUCGUACAAAAUCUGACCACCUGCAUAGACGUCGGGUUCAAUGUACCUUAGACACUAAAAAAUGUGCAGUACGUUUGUGAUAAAAUACAUUUUACGACCUACAAGUUCGGAAAAAUGGGAGAGAAGAAAAUAACAAAUGUAAUAAUUAAUCACUAAUUGAUAAUGAAGAAGAAUUCCAUGAGCCGAUUGCGUUAUAUCGUUAGCGUAGUUAGAUUUUAUAUGAUAAAAUAUCUGAGUAAAAAAAAAAAGAAAAAGGAAGAGAUAUUCAUAGAUUAUAUUUUUCGAAAAUAGGAUCUACACGGAGUUUUACGACUGUUAAUUGAUCAAGUAUUUAAGGGAUAGUCCUGAAAUGGCAAUUUUAGUCAAUUAUAGUGAUAUUAGUUCAGUAAUGAAACUCUAUUUAUAGACUUUUAUGCUCAUGUGUAGCUAGAAAUUGAUCCGUCUCUAGAUAAUUGAUAUUCCUGGGUGCUUUGAAUUCUGAAUAGAUAUUAAAUCUGCUAAAUAACGAUAAUGAAUAGCAGCUAGAAAUUAUCAAAUAAAUCUAAGAGGAUAGUAUGCAGCAAUAAGUGAUAAUAUAUUUUUAGAUCGUAUAUGAAAAAUAUUUUUCGUAAGAAUCUCUUCCAAUGUAUACCUGUAAUUCAUCUGCCAAAAAUUGUCUAUCGUCGAUUGAAGCGUGUUGACGUUAAUCUAUUCUUACGAUUCCUGUAUUAUUUCAUUUUCUAGAUCGCUUUCCAGGCGAAUCAUUUUAAUCGUCGAUAAAUUUUUCUUUCAUUUUUUUAUCACUUUUUUUUCUGUACGAUCUUCAAACGAUUAUCAUGUUGCCAAAUCGUUACCGAACUUUCUAUUGCAGUCAAGAUUACAACAUAAUUUAAUAGGAUUAUUUGACGUCCUCUAUAUUUUCUACGAAAUUAUAUAUUGUCAUCAUGUAAUAUGGACUUGACAAAAUAAAUAAUGAUUUUCUUCGAUUA